GGCUCAAAGUUUAAGCUCGAAACCCUAGACCGAGCGGAACUGCUUCCAUGUUUGCAAUGCGCCUGGCGGCAUUGCUGUAUUUGCUGCAGCUGGUGGCUGGCGAUGAAUGUGAAGAAACGCCUCAAUUCCUUCAGCAUUCAUUGCAACUGGAUGCACAGGAGGUCCAGGCGGCACAUAGCAAAACCUCGAGAAGUGUCAAGGCAAAGACGAGUACAUUUCCAGGAGUGGAGACCUUUAAUUUCUUUGUGAACUUCCAUGAUGUUGGCGACUUUGCCACGGUGAUCAACGUCAUCACGCAUCAAUCAAAGAGUUGUAGCCAAUGUGGCGGCUUCCUUUUCACUUGUCAGGAGGAUGGCCUGACAGACGACGAAUGCCAGAUGCGCCAGCCAGGCGUUUGCACCAACGACUUUGGACCGCAUGGCUGCAGUUCUCAUACCAGCCUGCGCAUCCUUGAGGAGGCGAUCUCAGGCGAGCCCAUGACGAAGGCGAUCAAUGUCUCAGACUUGACGAGCUUGAAGAACUUGUGGCCAGAUUCCAAAAGACACGAUUUGCUGACACGUUCAGCGCAAUCCCUUUCCUGGCUUCCACUUUGGUGGGGCCCCUUGCGGCGGAUCCUGACCACCACCGUGCUCAGGGAUCCUGUCAAGAAGUUAAGGUCAGCAUAUAAUCGAAUCAACGAGACUCAUCCCAUGCCUUUGAAGGCCUUUCUGAAGGCGCAGCGUGACUUCGUGGCGGGCAACGCCAGCGACCAGAUGCCACCGCUGCGGAAGGCGGUGAUGAGUUGCUGCGAGUACAGCUUCUACCUUGGCAAUGGUGACGUCAACAAAUCCAGAAGGGUGCUGGCCAGUCAAUUUGACAUGGUGGGCAUCGCUGAGUUGUUGCCGGAGACCAUGGUCUCCUUGGGCCGUCUCUAUGGCAAGACACCGGCCGGCAUGGGCACCAUCGCACGGGACGCCCUGCUGGAGGUCCCGGAUGCGGAGGAUUGGGAUAAGGAGGACCAAGAUAUGGUGGAGUUCAUCACCCGCAAGGACAGAGCAGUCUACGAGUUUGCAAAAGAGCUUUUUGAGCGUCAGUCUGUCAGCAUCUGGAACAACGCAGAUGUCUUAAAGAAGCAAGCCGAUCUAUUUGAAGAUGCGCGAAACACUCCCUGGGAGCCUGAAUAAGCCGUGGGAGCCUGAGUAAGCCGUGAGCCGUGUUCCAUCAGGCACCAAGCUGGCCGUAGCGAGCUCAGCUUUGUGUUCUUAAGAGCUUUCUAGUGGCGGUCCUUUGUUGGCCGGUAUUCAGCUCUUAUGCUCCC